ACCUGGAUGCAAGUUUCCUCUGCAGACAGUGUGAACUAUGGCAGAAGACAGAAACAAGACAGACUCGUCCAAGCAGACCGGGCUGGAUUCAGGGGAUGGGGAGACAGAACCCAGCAUGCUCCUGCAGAAACUCAAGAGCAACAUAUCGAAGAAUGUCCAGUCUAAAGUGGAUGCCAUUUUGCAGGAAGUCCAGCGCCUCUCAGACAACGACAAGCUUUUUCUGUACCUCCAGUUGCCCUCUGGGCCAAGUGCAGGAGAGAAGAGCAACAGCAGUGAGUCCAACUCGGUGAACACAGCUGACCAGCUGCACACAUGCACGUGGAUCCGCAGUCAUCUGGAGGAACAUGCUGACACAUGCUUACCCAAACAAGACGUUUAUGAAACAUACAGGAAGUACUGUGACAAUCUGCAGCAGAGGCCCUUAAGUGCUGCCAACUUUGGUAAAAUCAUCAGAGACAUUUUCCCCAACAUCAAAGCCAGACGGCUCGGUGGCAGGGGACAGUCCAAGUACUGCUACAGCGGAAUCCGUCGGAAGACCGUGUUAAACAUGCCUCUCCUGCCGAACCUGGACCUAAAGAAUGAUCCGUCAGAGCUGACGGAGCUUGUGCAGACCUAUAAGCAGGAGGUGACAGAGGCAGCAUGUGAGCUGAUCUGUGACUGGGCCCAGAAGAUCCUGAAGCGUUCGUUUGACACCGUGGUGGAGAUUGCCCGUUUCCUGGUGCAGGAGCACAUAGUGAACCCACGGUGCAGCCAGGCUGAACUUGUCACCUCUGCUGCUCUAGCAGGGGGGCCUGCAAAGCCCCACAAGGUGAUCAAGAAGAAUCCGGCACCCCCUAAAGGAUCAGGGUCGGAGUCUGAGGGGGGCAGGCCUGAUGCUAAGAAUGACAAGGACAGCUCAGAGUCCCUCACAGUCAGCAGGCAACAGGUGAGUGACAAGCCAGCCAAAGGGUCGGACACUGUGCGGCCCGGAGGCCGUGACCUCCAGGUGGAGGCUCUCAUGAAGAAACUCCCUCAGCUCCUGCCUCGCGUCUCCGUCCCUGAGAAAACUCAGCUCUCCAUUCCAUCCUCCCCACCUUCUCUGGCGCCAAAGGACACGGCUGGUGUGAAGGUGACCUUGCCCAUCACCAUGGCCACUCUGCCUUCACAACAAGGGGGAACACUUCCUGUUAUGAUUCUGCCUUCGAACAUGAGCUUGUCUUACCCUGAACAUGAGAAGACUACGUCUGUCACAGUGGCGACAUCGGCCGCUCCAACUCCGGUGGUGCAAAGGGCCCGGGUCUCGGCCACUAAACGGACUGCCGAGCGUCCCGCGCUAGGGUCCACUGCUAUGCCUCCCAAGAAAAAAAGGGGUCGACCAAGGAAGCAAAGACCCGAGGAGGCCUCUGCUCCACCACAGUCUUUUUCAACCCCAAAUGCGAGCCCUGCAUCUCUUACUGGGGGUGUGAUCCAGAAGGCCUUGCCCUCGUCGUCCGCCACAGCUUCCCCCCAAGUACUUGAGUUUGUGAUCCAGGAGCCUCCUCUGGUGCUCGGGGCAAUCCCUUCCAUGCAGGAAGUGAUAGACGGUGAGCAGAAAGGUGUGGUUGUACAGUGCCAGUCCAUUACAGAGCCUAAAGCACCGCCAGUCGUCAUAGUGCAGAGUACCGGUCAGGGUGGCUAUGAGAUGAAUCGAGGAAUGGUCAUUCAGAGGGCGCCUGUCUCAAGGCCUCCUAACCAACCUACUGAAGCUCUGUCAAACCCUGCAAUAUCAAACCUCCCACCACCCACUCUGUUGGAGGACAAGGAGGAGGUGGAGAUCACUCUUACUCCUGUGGAUCCCCAGGUUGAUCAUGUGCUUGUCUCCUCCGGCCUCACCACCUUACAGGACGGGUCACGUGAAGACAGCCCCAAACUGUAGACCUUGGCCCUACAGUUGUCACCUCUGCUUUUGAAUGGAAAGGAGAGGACGGUGAAUGUGAGCCCUGUGGUUUGGGCACCACAUGACUUUCUCACUGUUACCCAAGGAACAGACCUGACCAUGCUUUCGCUAAGCCCAGCUCUCCCCGUGACUGGCUGAAGACCGCAGUGGCUGCUCUGAGGGGAUAAUUAGGUUAAUGAAGCGAGUCCAUUUAUUAACCACAAUUCACGUCGCAGUUCAUUAAGAUCAGCUUCAUUGUCCAUUACACUCAGUCACAAAAGAGUAGGGUUUAUUUGUCAGUGCAGUGACAGAUGUGAUCAUGCCAAUAUGGGGAAAUGGCUGUGGCCAGGUUGUUGCUUCUCCAGCAGAGACCACAAAAACACUCUUAGGAUGUCAUCUGCGCAAUAAGACUUGCUCCCAUUCAUUUUAAAAAGCAGUUUUGGCACUUUUAAUACAGAAAAAUAUUUUAAGGCCAUUAUAGUAUGAGGGCCCCUCCUAACGUCAGACGGUCCCCUCUGUUAACGUCAGUCUUUACUGACAGUGGGACAGUACACACACCUCUCUAAAAACAGUCAUUCUAAAACUCCUCACAGGGCAGGAAGCUGGACUCAAAACAGACAGGGCCUUUGCAUCCUUACAGCCAGUGGCAGAAGACAGAAAUGAUUCAAAAUAGUUCAACUAAAUGAUCACUGUUUGCUUACUGCUUUUAUGAAGUAGAAGUACCAGAAACAAUUUUAAAACCAGAUUACCGUAAUGUACCAAUGAUAUGAACAAACAACUUGACUUUUCAAAGCAAAUCCAAAAAAGA